AAAAUGAUUUUUUGCCAGAUUUUAUUAAAAUAAGAAGCUUGUUACCAGUGGAUAUGAUACCAAUGUAAACACGGAAAUAUAAAAUGGCAUCACCCGGAAAUAAUGUUACUGUUUUCUUUGAAGUAUUUGGCAAAGUUCAAAAUGUGUUUUUUCGCAAGUACACUCAGAAAAACGCAAGAAUUUUGGGUUUAACAGGUUGGGUUAUGAAUACUAAAGAAAACACAGUUGUUGGUGUAAUACAAGGAAAUGAAGAAAGUGUUAACAAAAUGAAACAGUGGCUAACGAACGAAGGAAGCCCAAAAUCAAAAAUUGAAAAGUGUCUAUUUAGAGAAGAGAUCGCAUCAUCAUUUAACACAUUUGAUAUUAGAAAAUGAACAUUUAGUGUUGCGAUGACCAGAAAUUGUUAUAUAUUAUAUGUAAAAAUAAUAACUGUAUACUGUUGUUUCAGGUUAUGUGUAAUACAUAUUGCACAUAAUGCAUGCAUCUUACUUUAAAUCAUAAAUUAUUUGUAUCCCAUUAUUAAAAUUUUAAACUAUACAAUUACAUUUUCUUUUA